AUGUCAGGCGCGAGGCACUGGGAGCAAGACAAGGAAGCCACUGUCUAUGUGGGAAAUCUCGACGAGCGCGUUACUGAUAGCUUGGUUUGGGAGCUUAUGCUGCAGGUUGGCCGCAUCGUCAAUGUUCACCUGCCGAAAGAUCGUGUCACGCAGUUGCACCAAGGAUAUGGCUUCGUGGAGUUUACCAGUGAGGAAGAUGCGGAAUAUGCCUCGAAAAUCAUGAAUGGGAUCCGCCUUCACGGGAAGCCAAUUCGCGUGAAUAAGGCCUCAGCGGAUAAGCAGAAGUCAGUCGAAAUCGGCGCAGAGCUAUUUGUCGGUAACCUUGAUCCCAUGGUUACCGAACAGAUUCUGUAUGAUACAUUCAGCCGAUUCGGAACCCCAAUCACCCUUCCAAAGGUCAUUGCUCGCGACGAUAAUCAUGUGUCGAAGGGGUAUGGCUUUGUAUCAUUCGGCGAUUUCGAAUCUUCCGACGCAGCAAUUGCGAACAUGAAUGGACAAUACUUGAUGAACAAGCAAGUUUCUGUUCAGUACGCGUACAAAAAGGACGGCAAAGGCGAACGGCAUGGCGAUGAUGCUGAACGUCUGUUGGCUGCUCAAGCUCGAAAACACAAUGUCCAGCCACUAGCGCAGCAAGCCCCCUCGAAUGCUUUCACUGGACCUGGCUUCACCCCAGCAGGCCUCCCAAUUCCUAAUGGCGAUACCCACCGCCCCGUAAACGCGGGUUCACCAGCUGCUGACCUUGGUAUGAACCGAGGCUUACCCGCCCGCCCACCACCUUCCCAAGCGGGCUAUGGGGGACCUCAAGCUUUUCUGGCCCCGGGGUACAAUGGAGCGCCCCAACAGCCUGGCUUUGCGCCAAACACGGCCCACCAAGCUGGAUUUGGGCCUCCGGGGUUUGCGCCUCCCCUGCCGGGCCAUCACCUCCAUUGCCACCUGGAUUCCAGCAGCCAGGAUAUGGAAAUGCUCGAUGAAGAACAUGAACUUGAAUAA